AUGGUAGGACCAGCAGGACCACCGGGACCACCAGGACCAGAUGGAUUAGAUGGGAGAGACGGUUCACCAGGUACAGAAGGAGAACAUGGACAAGAUGCGGGGUUAAAUGAUAUACCAAACGAGAAUGAUUUGUGUUUCGACUGUCCAUCGGGACCUCCAGGUCCACCUGGUAGACCAGGAAUAAAGGGCCCACCAGGAAAACCAGGUAACGACGGCCAACGAGGAGCUCCUGGAUCACCAGGAAAACAAGGAAUACCUGGACCACCUGGGAACUCUGGCAACCGUGGUAGACCUGGUCUGCAAGGCCUUGAUGGGUCACCAGGUAUAUGUGAAGAAAUUGUGAUACCUGCUGGCCCGCCUGGACCAAAGGGACCUAUUGGUGAGCAAGGUCAGGAUGGACCAGCUGGAAAACCAGGAACUCCUGGAGCAGAUGGGCCACAAGGACCACCUGGAGAUCCUGGUAGAGAUGGUCCGCCUGGAGAACCAGGACUUCCUGGCCCUCCUGGAAUAGGUGGAGAAGUUGGAGUGAGCGGAGGUUGCGAACACUGCCCAUUACCUCGCACAGCGCCGGGUUAUUGA